AUGGAUGACCUGCUUGAACCAGCCUGUAAGUCCGAGAGAGAGAGAGAGAGAGAGAGAGAGAGAAACGGCGCUGGCGAGGAGACGCGGUGGUGCAUCAUUGGGCGAGAUGAAGGCAGGGAAGAGAGAGAGAGAAACCAUCUCCAUCCCUCGUACGGCUGUCUCUGGCUGUUGGCUGUCUCUGGCUGUCCAAAAUCCUCCGGCCAACCGUCUUUUCUUUUUCGCCCGCUCGACUCGCUAGUUACUGCUGCUGCUGCUGCUGCUGCUGCUGCUGCUAUCCGCGUCCUCUUCAUCGCCUCGUCGACACAAGCCUUUUCGCCCAAGCCUCUCGCAGUGCUUGUAGCCGCCCAAGCACCGCCUAAGCAGCGCAACCGCCUUGGCGACGGCUGA